AUGUCUUUGACAAAGAUUUUGGAGGUAGAGAUAUUCGACGUAGAGGGCAUUGAUUUUAUGGGGCCUUUUCCACAAUCGUAUGGGAACAAGGAUACUUUUCUAGCGGUGGAUUAUGUGUCAAAAUGGGUGGAGGUAAUACCUCUCCUUACUAACCAUGCAAAAGUGGUGGCGACUGUUGUGAAGAAGACUAUAUUCGCAAGUUUUGAGACUCCGAGGGCGAUGAUUAGUAGCGGUGGAGCUCACUUUUGUAAUAAUCUAAGAAAGAAACUCUUGGCUAAAUAUGGGGUGAAGCACAAGGUUUCCACUGCUUACCACUCUCAAACAUGUGGACAAGUUGAAGUGUCCAAUAGAGAGGUGAAGCAAAUCCUAGAGAAAACGGUGAAUGUGAACAUAAAACAUUGGGCAGUUAAAUUAGAUAAUGCUCUGUGGGCCUACCGGACAGCAUAUAAAACACCUAUUGGGACCUUUCCCUAUAGGUUGGUUUAUGGAAAGGCAUGUCACUUGCCUGUCGAGUUGGAGCACAAGGCGUAUUGGGCAAUUAAAAAGCUCGACUUAGAUAUGAACUUGACAGGUGAGAGGCAGUUAUUGCAGUUGCACGAGCUAGAUGAUUUCAGGCUUGGGGCGUAUGAGAAUGUCAAGUUAUACAGCGAGAAGACGAAGAGAUGGCAUGAUAGGAAUAUUCAAUAUCAUGAGUUUGUGCCAGGGCAACAUGUACUCUAA